ACACCACACAAAACCACUGAUGCUCUUCCUCUGAUGUUUAACUUCCUCUUACUUGUGUUACUGACAGCAGCACAUUUAUUUCACUUCACACAGAGUACAGAGCUGCAGCCUGUCAGUCACGUCCACACAGAGACGCAGUCAUUUCAUGUUUUAGCGACUCUUUUAUAGAUUAGAGAUGUUUCGGCGUUCUUCUGAGCAAGAGGAUAUGGUAGUAGUUAUCUAUGAGAUUGUAGACAAUGUUGAAGGUCACGACCCCGACACACAGGAUGAAGACGCUGACGCGGUGAGACGCCUAGAAGUACAACACACAGGAGGAGACACUGCAUGGAGCAGGUGUUACAGAGUGACUGCAGUGUGUGUGGUGCUGCUGUGUGUUCUCCUCCUGACUGCCGUCACGGUGCUGUGGAUCAAAUUCACCAUCCUGAAUACAGAAAAUAACCAGUUAAAGACCAGUUACAACACCCUGACUAUAGAGAGAGACCAGUUACAGGCCAGUUACAACAACCUGACUAUAGAGAGACACCAGUUACAGGCCAGUGACAACACCCUGACUAAAGAGAGAGACCAAUUAAAGAGGGAGAGAGGUGGAUACUGGAGUACACUUGAUCCGUGUUAUAAAGGGGGGUAUUUCAACUUCGACUCCAGUUUUUACUACAUGUCUAAUGAGGAGAAGAACUGGGAGGAGAGCAGACAGGACUGCAGGGAGAAAGGAGCAGACCUGGUGAUCAUAAACAGCAAGGAGGAACAGGUGGUCAUCGGUAAUCAGCUGGGCAGCAGUCGGGCUUGGAUUGGUCUGAGUGACGGAGCUGUAGAGGGAGACUGGAAAUGGGUGGACGGUACAUCACUGACCACUGCGUACUGGGCUAAAGAGGAACCGAAUGAUGACGGUGAUGAGGACUGUGCUGAGAUGAUCAAUUCUCCAAAUCGGAAAUUAUGGAAUGACAAUAAAUGCUCUCAUGAAGCACUCUGGAUCUGUGAGAAACGUGUUGCUCAGUUCUUUUAUAGAUUACAGAUGUUUCAUCGUUCUUCUGACCGAGUGGAGAUGGUGGUGGAGAUCUAUGAGAGUACAGACACUGUUAGAGGUCACGACCCCGACACAGAGAAGGAAGGCGGUGACACAAAGAAAGCCCCAGACACAGAUCCGAACAGAGGAGGAGACACUGCAUGGAGCAGGUGUUACAGAGUGACUGCAGUGUGUGUGGUGCUGCUGUGUGUUCUCCUGCUGACUGCCGUCACGGUGCUGUGGAUCAAAUUCACCAUUCUGAAUACAGAAAACAACCGUUUACAGACCAGUUACAACACCCUGACUAUAGAGAGAGACCAGUUACAGGCCAGUUACAACAACCUGACUGAAGAGAGAGACCAGUUACAGACCAGUUUCAACAACCUGACUAUAGAGAGAGACCAGUUACAGAGGGAGAGAGAUGGAUACCGGAGUACACUUGAUCUGUGUUAUAAAGGGAGGUGUUUCAACUUCGACUCCAGUUUUUACUACAUGUCUAAUGAGGAGAAGAACUGGGAGGAGAGCAGACAGGACUGCAGGAACAAAGGAGCAGACCUGGUGAUCAUAAACAGCAAGGAGGAACAGGAGUUCAUUGGUAAACAGCUGGGCAGCAGUCGGGCUUGGAUUGGUCUGAGUGACAGAGCUGAAGAGGGAAAGUGGAAAUGGGAGGACGGUACACCACUGACCACUGCGUUCUGGGCUACAGGGGAACCGAAUAAUACAGAUGAUGAGGACUGUGCUGAGAUUUUCAGUUCAAAUGGGAACUUCUGGAAUGACCAGAAAUGUUCUAAUAAUAAACACUGGAUCUGUGAGAGACGUGUUUCUCAGUGACGUGUAUCAUUUAAUAAUCAAAAACACAUGCACAAAUUGAACCAAAUAUAUAUAUAUAUA